UUUCCAUCAAAACUCCAAACCGAUACCAAACACCUAUGGAUAAGAAAGCGACAGUAGUUUCCUCUCUCUUCAUCUUGUUCACAUUCCUCACGAUCUCUUUCUCUAAAGAUCUCUGUAACAAAGAUGACAAAAAUACCCUCCUCAAGAUCAAGAAAUCCCUAAACAACCCUUACCACCUGGCUUCGUGGCAUCCCGAAACCGACUGUUGCUCAUGGUACUGCCUUGAGUGCGGCGACGCUACCGUUAACCACCGCGUCACCGCUCUCACCAUAUUUUCCGGCCAGAUCUCCGGUCAGAUCCCGCCUGAAGUCGGUGAUUUACCCUAUCUUGAGACCCUUGUCUUCCGCAAACUCUCCAACCUCACCGGUCAAAUCCAACCCACCAUCGCUAAACUCAAGAAACUCAGGUACCUCAGGCUCAGCUGGACGAAUCUGACAGGUCCAAUCCCUGAUUUUAUAAGCCAGCUCAAGAAUCUUGAGUUCUUGGAACUUUCCUUCAAUGAUCUCUCUGGUUCCAUACCUAGCUCUCUCUCCACGUUACCUAAAAUCAUGGCCCUUGAACUUAGCAGGAACAAGCUUACAGGUUCGAUACCAGAGUCAUUUGGGUCGUUUCCAGGAACUGUCCCUGACCUUCGCCUAUCACACAAUCAGCUCUCCGGUCCAAUACCCAAAUCACUAGGCAACCUAGACUUUAACCGGAUCGAUUUAUCCCGGAACAAGCUCGAAGGUGAUGCUUCGAUGUUCUUUGGAGCCAACAAAACGACAUGGUCCAUUGAUUUAUCAAGAAACAUGUUCCAGUUCGAUAUCUCAAAGGUUGAGUUACCUAAGACACUUGGUGUAUUGGACUUGAACCACAAUGGUAUCACAGGGAAUAUUCCGGUUCAGUGGACUGAGACUCCUCUGCAGUUCUUCAAUGUUAGCUACAACAAACUGUGUGGACACAUACCCAAUGGAGGGAAACUUCAGACGUUUGAUUCUUAUUCCUAUGUCCACAAUAAGUGUUUGUGUGGCGCACCUCUUGAUAGUUGUAACUUGCUCUUGAACAUUGCAAGAAAAAGAAAACUCUACCAAAGAAGACAAAUUAAGGUACAAGAUUGAUAUUAAGCAACUAAAAGAUCUAGCAAAAGAAAACAUGAAGAGAAGGAAAAUAAGAAAGAAAAAUGGAAAGUAGUAAUUAGCAAUUUACCAUUUGUGUGUUAGAAUCUUAAGUCUAUAAAUAGGGUUGCUUAUUCAAGAAGUUUGUAUCAUAGAAAAGAAGAUAACGAAGAGAGGAUCGAUAACUACGAAAAAGAGGUUUAAGAGAAAUCUAUCAAAAUCAAAACAGAUUUCCAAGCUUCAGAUCUCGAAGCCGUUCACUAAUCAUGUCAAUUUCGGGGCAUAAUGAGUUGCAAUUGGGGCAAAACAGUUCAGAAAGCAGAAAUAUGGUCGAGAGGAGCUCAGAUCCUUGUCACCAGCAAAAGCUUAGUCAGAAUGAAGAUGCAGUAAUACGCUCUGUUCUUGGUCCUCCAAUACCUACCAGGUUCGCAUUCCUUCCUGUGGGGAUCACGCGCAAGGAGGUUGAUAUUAUUAAGCUCACUGCUCAGUUUAAGGCUGUCUAUGGUUUUUAUUUUCUGCUGGAAUUGGAGAAGAGUGUUUUGAAGAAACCUGAGCUUGAGCCUCACUUUGUCUUCCUGAAGAAGUCAAUGACUGAUAGCAAACACUUUUUCUACGGCCAGCUUGCUCUUGGAUAUUCCAAAGUCCUGUUGCGUUCCCAAAAGGUGAAGAAGAAGGGUACUAGAACGGCAACCAUUCUUGUUGAUGGCUUUUUCAAUCUUCUUCGUCAAGUGCUUGGAAAGGAGGAGGAUGAACACGGAGUUGAGAUGGCUAUGAUCGAUUUGCAAGCUUUUGAGUAUUUUGUUAACAUGGAGUAAAAUGACUUGGAUCAGCCUCCAAUGGUAACGCAUGAUAUCCAACCUGAUAUUUCUGAUCCAGCAGGAAUCGCGCCUUUGAUGUUAAGACCUCAAACUGAGGAUGCAGAACCUAUCAGUUUCCCAUUACUUCCUGAUCAAGGUAUCACGCGCCAGGAGCUUGAUAUUAUUAAGCUUACUGCCCAGUUUGUGUCUGUUUUUGGGAUGUGUUUUGGGCAGGAGUUAAUGAAGAGUGUGUUUAUGAAACCUGAGCUUGAGCCUCUGUUUAGGUUUAUGCUAUCAACUGAUACCAGACACGGUUUUUACUCUCAGCUUGUUCUUGGUUACAAGAGAGUGUUAUUGUGUAUCGAAAAACUGAAGGAGAAGGGAGCUAGUACGGAGACCGUUCUUGAGGGUUUCUUCAAUCUUCUUGGUAAAGUGCUUGAAAGGGAGAAGGAGGAAGGACCUGAGAUGGCUAUAGUUGAUUUGCAUGCUUUUGAAUACUUUGUUAAAGUUGGGUACACCGACUGGCGACAACGAAGACCUGGAUACAUAUCAAUUCUGAAGAACCCACCGCCAUACAUGCAGCCUCCACUGAGAUCUGAGGAUACAGAGCCAAAGAAACAAACGUUUGACGAGUCAACUCUUGUUCCAGAAGACCAGUUUCUUGCUCAACAUCCGGGUUCCUCUACCAUCAAGGUUUCUGUACCAAUGAUGGGCAAUUCAUUGAGAUCACAGUUCAGUCCUUGUCGGAAAACGUGGCGAGUUUGAAGGUGAAAAUAGCAAACAAACUGGAGUUGAGUGGGAAAGCCGGGGUUUUAAAAGGCAACAAGUCACUUGCACAUUACAACGUUGGAGAAGGAGACAUCCUAACGCUGUCUUUGUGAGAACGUCUUCUGGAUGCAGCAGGGAGAAAUGCUUUUUUUUUUUUUUCUGAAAGAAAUUUAGACACAUCU